AUGGGUAAUUACCCAAUACUCAUCCGGUCUGUGGACAUUUCUACCAGAAAGCUCGCACAGUCAAAAUCCAUUAUGAAUUACCGAUCUGGGAUGGAUAAAAUUGCGGGUGUGUCUUAUGAAGCUCGCAGGUAUGUGGAAAAUGUGGAACUCUCUAAGUAUGCUGGCAGCUUUUCACGGCAAAAGUUUCAGCCACUAUACCGUUAA